GCAUAUUGCUAACAAUAGUUUUUCAAGUCAUCUGAAAUACCAGUACUCUCUCUGUAAUAAAGCUAUAUUUUAAAAAAUUACACAGCAAACCACACUUGCUAAUGAAAACUUCUCAUUCUGUAAUUUCUAAUGAAAUGUAUAGCUUUUGAUUGUGCUCAAAGGUCUCCUUUGAAACACCAAAUGCCUGUGUGGGGCCUGUUCCUGUAUUUCAAAGUCUCUUAGUCACAAUUAAUGGGCCCAUACUUUACUUUUUCUUGCACUUUGAUACCUGCUUUUGAAAGCAGAAGUUAAUGCUUUAAACGGAGCAGCUGCACGAUCCUUUUUACAUGCAGACAAUAGGAAAUGAGCCUGCCUGACAUCAAACAGCUUCAGCUACGGUUUCAGGUAAGAGAAAGGCCGUAUCGUUGUUCACUUAAUUAAUUAUAGAAGAAAAGAGUAGUUGCUCUGGAACUGCAGAAUAUGUAGAAGGAAAACAUGGAUCUCUCUGUAUUGCCAAAUAACAACCACCCUGAUAAAUUCCUUCAGCUAGAUGUAAAGUCCUUAGCAAAAACCUCAGUCUUUUUACAAACCUGGCUGGCAAAUUUUCCAGAAACACAUUUUCCUGGGGAACAGCAGUGGCACAAUAGAGUCUAUUCACAGAAAGAAAGGAAAAAUGUACGUGAACGGCCAGUUGUGCAACUUGGUGAGCUACAUCCGGCAGUGAUUGACAAAGCCCUUGGAAAACACAUUACACCUGUCACCUUGAAAUCGACCAUCAAGAGUAAUCCUCUAUACAAUGAUGUCUUUAUUGAUGACACCUGGCAGGAAAGGAGGAAUAAUCCAUCUUGGACUGUUCAGGACUAUGACAGGCAUUCCCUAAACUCCACCCUGGCUCACUAUCUAAAGGAAAAUCCAAAUGAUAUCCACUACUGGCUGGAAGAUAUUUACACUCCAGGAUAUGAUACCUUGCUGAAAAAGAAAGAGAGAGAAAGCAAACGUUCUAGAUGUUGUCUAAUCAUACUAUUUCUAGUAUUGUUGGUUUGUAUCACAAUAGCGACGGUGAUUGUUUGCAUUUUGUUCACAUGAUUCAGCCAAAUUCAGCCAAUAAAUAUUUGGGAAGAAUGGU